GCGAGCGGGGCCAGCAGACGAAAAAUUAGAUGCAGUUGAUAGUCUCCUGCCGUACGGGUCACCAGCUUUUUGCUGCCGUAACUGCCCGUGUCAUCCCACAGUUGUUUGAGGCGAAUCGGCUGUGCUUCUCGAGGAACAUGUCGACCAAGACCGUGCUCGCCCUGCUCACGGAAGGCACCGAGGAGAUGGAGCUCGUCAUCUCCGUGGACGUGCUGCGCCGGGCCGGGGUGAACGUCACUGUUGCCGGCCUGGGCGCGGGGAGCGUGUACAAAUGCAGCCGGGGUGUGCUUGUCAGCUCUGACACGACCCUGGAUGAUGCCCUGUCGAAAGGGCCCUACGAUGUCGUGCUCCUUCCAGGUGGACCAGGUCACAAAGAUUUCUCGUCUUCAGAGAAAGUGGGUUCGAUUUUGAAAGAGCAAGAAAAAAGUGGCCGCCUCAUUGCUGCGAUUUGCGCAGCCCCUAUAGCACUGAAGGCCCACAAUGUUUGCACUAACAAAAAAGUUACAUGCUAUCCAUCUGUCAAAGACCAAAUGCUAGAAGGUGGUGCAUACACGUAUGUUGAAAGCAAAGUUGUUGUUGAUGGAAAACUUAUAACCAGUCAGGGACCCGGAACAGCCUAUGACUUUGCUUUGGCUGUUGCUGAGCAGCUUUUGGGGAAAGAUGCAGUUACACCCGUUGCCAAAGCACUUCUCCUUUAAGUAAAUUUAUUGUACGUGUUUCAUGAACAUAUCUAUGGGUACAGUUUGUCAAAUAAAGUAAGGUUCUUUUCUUUUACA